AUGUCACGACCUGAAUUACAAGCACCUCCUGAAAUCUAUUAUGGCGACAUUGAAGCAAAAAAGUACACCGGAAACACGAGAAACCAACAAAUCCAGGCUGAUAUGACAUACCGAGCUCUGGAGCUUUUGAACCUACCUGAAAAUGAGCCAGCCUUCCUGCUGGAUAUUGGGUGUGGGUCGGGCUUAUCAGGAGAAAUCUUAGACGAAGAGGGUUACAUCUGGGCUGGGAUGGAUAUCGCCCCAAGCAUGCUCGAGGUUGCAUUGGAACGCGAGGUCGAAGGAGACCUCUUCCUACAAGAUAUUGGCCAAGGCUUUGGUUUUCGGCCUGGAAGUUUCGACGGUGCAAUCAGUAUUUCGGUUCUUCAAUGGCUUCUGAAUGCAGAGACCUCUCACCCAACAUCUUCACCACCACACCGACUACAUCGCUUCUUCACAACACUUCAUUCAGCCUUACGGAAUCCCUCCCGUGCUGUCUUUCAGUUCUACCCUUCUUCAGAUGACCAAAUACAACUUAUUACGUCAAUAGCCCAGAAGGCAGGGUUUGGUGGAGGUAUCGUUGUGGAUUACCCGAACUCAAAGAAAGCAAGAAAGGUUUUCCUGUGCUUGUUCGUCGGAGGCGGGGGAGGACAGCAGCAAAUGCCCAAAGGGUUAGAAGGCGAAGUGGAAGAGGAUAGCAAAGUGCGAUUUGAGAGACGCCGAGAAAGGGAACGCCUUAAAACAAAGGUUGGGAAGCGGAAAAACGUGAAAGAUAAAGACUGGAUCUUGAGAAAGAAAGAGCUGUACCGCAAGCGCGGAAAGGAAGGCGUUCCUCGCGACUCCAAAUUCACGGGUCGCAAACGGAAAGCUGUCUUUUAG